AUGCACAGCCUGGAUUUGGGCGUGAUCAAGCCUUACUGUCCACCAAUCGAGAAGUACCCCUCAGCCUCAUCGAUUGCAUCGAUUGGCGUGUCAACUCAAACAGGGGCGUCCCCUCCAACUUCGACAGGACAAGAUCUCGUUGUGUCCUCGAGUGAGCCUCUUGCAACUGAUACUUCUCUAAGCAACCCCGUAUCUCUUCCUUCCUCUGGAGCAGAUGAUUUGAACGCCGAUCCGGGGAUUCCAACACCACAAGUUCCACCUACAAAAUUAGUUUCCAAACGAGCUCUGUGGGGUUGGUUGAAACACACAGAAAUCAAAACUAGCCCGUGA